ACAAAACCAGCCAGCGAUUCAGCAAACUGGCUUAUUUCAAUUUCAGUUUUAUUCACAUAAUCGUACGACACUUUACGUCAUGUUCCCGUUCCGAAAAACGUUGAUCAUUCUGGUAGUCCUUCAAGUAACCUGUGCCCUCAUACCCAUCAUUCCAAGACCCCCCGUUUCGGAACUGUGCGCCGCAAAGCCGCCCAAAGUGAACACAAAUCGGCAGAAACCAAUCGGAAAUAUCGAGUGCGGAGAGGUCGUUGCCUAUAUGCGAUCGCUCAGCCGCUUCUACGGGCGACGGUGUCAACAGCAGGGCAGCGAGUGCCGUGACCGGGACACCUAUCCCUCUCGGUGGUUCGACAAGGUAGGUACCAAGAUCACCGGCAUGUGCCAGCGGUUGGAAAUGUACGAACGCGGGGAGAAGCCCGUGGGAGCACCGGCAUGGGAUACGAGUGAUAAAAAAGGAGACGGAAAGAAGUGCAAACCGAAGAACAGUAUUCUGUGAGGAAAACGUACUUGGCACCACGUGUUAGCAAUAAAUGAAAGCAGUAACUAAUAAUUACGAUAAGUAGAGAUAAACAAAACGUUGAUUUGGUUUUACUAAUUUCAAUAAAAGGAGGAAGUCUUGGACGGUAGUAGACUACAUGUUAUAGAAUCACAAAACCUUGUAAGUAUGGCGUUUCUCUCGAGGUCAGUCCUGCUUCUUCUAGUGAUCUGUCAAAUCGUGUUUCGAAAAGCUUCGGCUCAAGCCAAUAAUGCACCCCUUCCGCCACCGGGUCCGGGUGAUCUAGGAGUAAACCAGGGCAUGAAACUCACCGACCCUUUGACGUUCAAUCAACCUCCGAUGCCAUCCGCCAACUCAAACACCUUGAACCUUCCAGCGUCAGCAGCAGCAGCCUCUUCAAAUCAACUUGUUCCGUCAUCACCGUUCGGGGCGCCACGGUCCAGUAUCUCAUCAUUCGGUGCGCCACCGUCCGCCAAUUCCGGAAUGAUGAAUACCCCAGCAAGCCCGAUGGACUUACAAGCGACCGCAACAACUACGAACGAUGCACGUUCCGAGAUUCGCUACUGCUACGCCAACGGACCUCUGCUGCCGAGUUCAUUGCUUCCGAAACCCAGAGUGGAAACGCACAUCGAUGUGGGAUCGGUCAGUUGUGAGGAAAUCGUCGGUUAUCUGAUGGGACUGAACCGGUGGUACGACCGCAAGUGCGGCACCAUGGGACCGGAGUGUCCGCACAAGUUCCGAUACGCGGUCGGUUGGUUUAGUGCGGCGGUGAAACAGAUCAAGGACAAGUGUAAUCUGACUCUUUAGGCGCAGGU